ACUUCCCGGGUCACCUCUUCCCAGCCUCCCCUCCCCGCUGCCCGCUGUAUGUAAACCCCGGGGGCUGAGACAGAGCCACCAGCCCCAGCUCCUGGAUGUGCACCAAUGAUGCUGCUGCUGCUCCUGCUCUCCACGGUCUUUAUCCCACUUCAUAAUGCUCGGGUCAUCGGGGGCCAGGAACCCCCACUUGGCUCCAGACCCUACAUGGCCUAUGUGCAAAUCGGGUCAACGGGAAGCUGUGGAGGGUUCCUGAUCCAAGAGGAUGUGGUGGUGACGGCGGCUCAUUGUAACUGCAACCUGGGAAACAUCUAUGUCUACCUGGGAGUCCAGGACUUCAUGAAGCCGGGACAGAACUGGCAACGGAUCCGGGCCCGUCGCUGGAUCCAGCACCCCGACUUCAACAAUGAGAACUUUCACAAUGACAUCAUGCUGCUCAAGCUGUGGCACAGUGUGGAGCUGACCGAAUGGGUGGGGCUUGUCCCCCUGCCGGAGGCUGAUCACCUCGUCAGCCCAGGCUCCGAGUGCAGCGUGGCCGGGUGGGGUCGGACCGGACUGAACACCACCACUGACAAGCUGCAGGAGGCAGAGCAGGAGGUGGUGUCGGAUGGCCUGUGCAGAGAGCGGUACCGUCAUUAUGACCCUAUCACCAUGCUCUGCGCCGGCAGCCCCCACACCAAGAAAUCAGCCUUCCAGGGCGAUUCCGGCGGGCCCCUGGUGUGCGACGGGAUGGUCCAGGGCAUCAUCUCCAAUGGAGAUCCAGAUGGGCGCCCCCCCAGCGUAUACACGAGAAUCUCCAAAUUCAUCCCCUGGAUCAACGAAACUCUGCAGAAGCUGAGUUAAAGGAGACACCACCCUUUAAAGGGCCAAUUUGGCCAUACUGGGCAAUGUGCCUGUGUGGAAUCCCCAGGUGCUUUAGAUCAGAGUAUUUCUUUCUAGUGAUAGAGAAAUUCUUCGAGUGGCUCAGUCCUGAAAUCCUUUUGUGGCUAGAAAUACCCCAUCGAUGUUUGAAAUUUUGUUAUAUUGUCUCCCCAAGUGUCUAGUCAAUGUUUGGGACCCUACGCGUGUUCCGGUUGGGAGCAGAAAUUGACAAUGGAGUCUGGUAUUUCCUGUGAUGUGAUCUAAUUUACAAGGAACAUCCAAAGUCCUGUUUCCCUGAACACAGUCAGAAUCAAACAGCAGCAGACAGCAACUCUGUUCUGUGUACAGAGCCUGCCUUUCCAGCCAAGACUGUGUGCCCAAAAUGGUGCUCUUAGCUUUUUCUCAGGGUCUGUCAUAACUAUAAAGGGAAGGGCAACAGCUGUCCUGUGUACAAUACUAUAAAAUCCCUCCUGGUCAGAGACUACAAAAUCCUUUUCCCUGUAAAGGGUUAAGAAG